AGAGAGAAUGACUGAGGAGAGUUUGUUUGACUGAGCCUUCCCCUACCUCACCUGCAACGACCAAGAAAAAAGAAAGGUUUGGGGGGGGCGAAAAAUAAAAAAAGAAAAGAGAGGAAAGAAACGCGACUGGGUGAUCGAAUUCAUGGUCCGUUUGGUAUCAGUCUCUUGUAUUUUGCUCCCUCCCCUCUCCUGCCCCUUCGAGAAACGGACAAAAAGUUCCGUCCUCGCAUCGGUUCCGAGGCCAGCCAGCGGUCUUCGGCUUCGUAUCAAGAUUGAUGGUCUCGUGGAGUAACGGCUAAAAAAGGUGUCUGGUUCGUCUCGCCGCUCUCGCCCCCAUCGAGUCAACGCGUGGGAUGCUUCGGAUUUCUUGGCGGUCGUGGGGGUUCUUCUUCGAUUGAGGCGAUUCGGCGGAAUCCGAGCAGGGGGGUUGUUUUAUUUUUAUUUUUAAUAUUCCGCUAGUAAAUCUGGGUUGGCAAGAUUGGGGCUUAUGAAUCUGUGAAGCUCGGGGAGCGUCCGUUGUUGACUCGAAAUGGCAAUAAUGGGGCGAGCGAUCUUGGGUUUUCUUUGGUUGGUCUUGGCGUCUCGUUUUUUGCCCAGAGCCCGCGGGAAUGCUGAAGGUGAUGCUUUGAAUGCCCUAAAGACGAACUUAGCUGAUCCAGGCAAUGUUUUGCAGAGUUGGGACCCUACCCUGGUCAAUCCAUGCACAUGGUUCCAUGUGACAUGCAAUAGUGACAAUAGUGUGACCCGAGUUGAUCUUGGGAAUGCAAAUCUUUCUGGUCAGUUGGUUCCACAGCUCGGCCAGCUUCCAAAUUUGCAGUACUUGGAACUGUAUAGCAACAACAUAACUGGGAAAGUUCCAGAAGAGCUUGGGAAUCUGACAAACUUAGUGAGCUUGGAUCUUUACCUGAACAAGUUAGAUGGUCCCAUUCCGGUGACAUUGGGAAAGCUUGCAAAGCUCCGUUUCCUGCGUCUAAACAAUAACAGCCUCUCAGGAACGAUUCCCAUGUCUCUAACUACUAUUAACACACUGCAAGUCCUUGAUCUUUCUAAUAACCAGCUAGAAGGAGAUAUUCCGAUCAAUGGCUCUUUUUCUCUAUUUACUCCCAUCAGUUUUAAUGGUAACCCCAAACUCAAACCUGUAGUAACACCUCCACCGCCUCCUGUUACUCCGUCACCUUCAACUUCUUCUUCUGGUAGCACAACCGGAGCUAUUGCCGGGGGAGUUGCUGCUGGUGCUGCUCUGUUAUUUGCAGCGCCAGCAAUCGCACUAGCGUGGUGGCGGAAGAGAAAGCCUCAGGAUCAUUUCUUUGAUGUGCCUGCUGAGGAGGAUCCUGAAGUUCAUUUGGGACAGCUCAAAAGAUUUUCCCUCCGUGAACUGCAAGUUGCAACAGAUAAUUUUAGCAAUAGAAAUAUUUUGGGCAGAGGGGGUUUUGGUAAAGUUUAUAAAGGACGUUUAGCUGAUGGGUCGCUAGUGGCUGUGAAGAGACUUAAAGAGGAGCGUACUCAAGGUGGAGAACUGCAGUUUCAAACAGAAGUGGAAUUAAUCAGUAUGGCUGUGCAUCGGAAUUUGCUCCGUCUACGUGGUUUUUGCAUGACACCCACUGAGCGUUUGCUGGUCUAUCCAUACAUGUCAAAUGGAAGUGUUGCUUCCCGUUUGAGAGAACGCCAGGACAAUCAACCUGCACUUGACUGGUCAAAACGGAAGGGAAUUUCAUUGGGAGCUGCAAGGGGUUUGGCUUACUUGCAUGACCAUUGUGACCCCAAGAUUAUACACCGUGAUGUCAAAGCUGCAAAUAUACUAUUGGAUGAGGAAUUCGAAGCUGUUGUUGGAGAUUUUGGUUUGGCUAAACUCAUGGACUACAAAGAUACUCAUGUUACCACGGCUGUACGUGGCACAAUCGGGCAUAUAGCUCCAGAGUACCUCUCAACGGGAAAGUCUUCAGAGAAGACGGAUGUCUUUGGCUAUGGGGUCAUGCUUCUAGAACUGAUAACUGGACAGAGGGCAUUUGACCUUGCUCGGCUAGCAAAUGAUGAUGAUGUCAUGCUGCUUGAUUGGGUCAAAGGGCUUCUAGAUGAUGACAAAUUGCCGAUGCUAGUUGAUGCCGAUCUCGAAGGUAAUUACACUGAUGACGAGGUCAGACAAUUGAUCCAGGUUGCUCUCUUAUGUACGCAAAGCAACCCUAUGGAAAGACCUAAAAUGUCUGAAGUGGUCAGAAUGCUUGAAGGCGAAGGUUUGGCAGAGAGAUGGGAGGAAUGGCAAAAGGAUGAAAUGUUCCGCCAAGACUUCAGCCACACUCACAACCCACACACCGAUUGGAUCAUCGCCGACUCUACUUCCCACCUCCGCCCAGACGAAUUAUCUGGUCCCAGAUGAUCCUAUUGAAGUCCAUCAAUCACAUGAAGAGUCUCUGGAAGGCCCUUUUUGUAGUUUUAACUGAACUAUAAAAUUUGUGCAUAUGGUCUUUCUUUUCUUUUCCUUUCAUGAGUUUUGUUUCACUUGUUUUUCCUUUUCCUUGUCCAGCUUAUCGUUCAUAUUAAACUUGCUCUAUGCUUCUAGUUCUAUAGGAUUACCAAUUGCCAUUGUGGAAACAACAGGUGCUAGUAAACGAAAGGAUUGUGGUAGCACAACUGGUCUAUAAUUUUCAUGUAUCAUUGUGAGAGAAAUAAAUACGUCUGUCUUCUGCUAUCUUUAGACA